GAGAGAGAGAGAGAGGGAGAUGAUAGAAAAAUCAGACAGUAAGGGGAGAGACGUGAAUCAAACUAGCAACGAGACUGCUCGUUUAAACUGUAUGAAAGGCAGGUGAAAUGAGCUCUAAUGAGCAUCUUUCUCUGCCUCUCGUGCUAAACUUUGGACUCCGUGUGGGGGGAUUCGUUGACGGUGACAGGUUGUAAAAGAAGGAAUUCCAUCAGUAUUUUUAAAGUCACACGCGGAUCUGGGGGGCGUGGAAGGCUGAGCACACAGACCGUUUGGCUCGUGGAAAGCCGCACUGAAAGUGGUUUAGCCUAUGUGGAUUGUUGUACCGCUCGACCUGCUUGUAGUGCUCCGGCAUACCCAAAACCGUUGGACACAACGCGGUUCGUGCGGUCGUGCUCAUUGGUACGGUAUUACUUUGUUUUCAAAUGAUAUUUUCUGUCAAUUUCCCAUCAGUGGAAAAGCCUACGGCUAUACUUUCUAAUCCGACUGUAUGGAACAAUUCUUCGUUUUAACAAAUCGUGUUCUCUAGCCUAAAGCUACUGUUUAUGGUGACCACUUGUGAGCCAGGCAUGUCAAUAUGGACGAGUAACAUCGAUGGCGAAAUGACUCCGGGGAUUUAAUAGCUGUCACCGCAGCCGCUGAAAUCAUAUCCUGAAAAUAUUGGCAGGUGACAAAUUCACCUGAAAUCAGCCUACUUCUUUUCACUGACCCUUUUCAACAGACGGGUGUAUUGGAUAUAGCACAGGGACCGCAUAUCUUCCAUAUUCCCUAAAGGAAAUAGCACGAUUUUGAACUGCAUACAGUUUAUUGGGAUUGAGUCAUGGAUUACAACAUGUGCAUUGUCCAUUCUUCGUGUGUUCUCGAUGCUUAGACCGCAUUAUUUGCCAACAGAUUUGGUGAUUUUCAUUUGCAUUCAACGAUGAGAUUUCAAAUCCGUUUGGGAAAGUAAUUAUAGGUGAAGUGCUCUGUUCUGCAUUCUCUACAUUACUUACAACACCCAAACAUGACAAGCACCGGACCCGUUAUCGUGUUUGAGUGGUUGAAGACCCUCCAGCUCUCUAUGUAUGUGGAGUCCUUCGUGGAUAACGGCUACGAUGAUCUGGAAGUUUGCAAACAAAUUGGAGACCCAGACCUGGAUGCUAUCGGUGUAUACAUACCGCACCACCGGCAACGGAUCCAUGACGCGGUGAAAAGGCUUAAAGACGAGGAUAAGGAAACGGCGGCGGGGCUGUAUUUUACGCUUGAGCCGAUGCCCCCGGCGUCUGAAAUGUACACCAGCCAUCUGGUGGACCAGUACGAUUCCAAACUGCGGGCGUCCAAGUCUUGGACCGAAUCGAACAGUGACCGGGUAGGGGGAAAAGGGGGCGCGUAUCUGGGCGCACAGAGGAACCUGACGCUUGGCAAGCGGAGGGAGUUGGUGAUUUACCCCAAAUUGAAGCUGAAGAUCAUGAUUAGAGAUAAACUAAUCAAAGAUGGAGUCAACCUCGCCAGGCCGCCAUACUCAAACAAGGAUGGUUCUCUGGGGAACAUUGAUGACCUGGCCCAGGAGUACUCAGAGUACUACAACACCUCACUCAGUGACGUAAGCGACCGCAUGGAGGAGCUACGCAAGAGACGUGUGUCCCAGGACCUCGACAUGGAGAACGCUGACACAAGCUCCACCUCCCUGCAGCUUCGCUCAGAGAUCCAAGAGUCCCUUGGCUUCAGCAGUGAGGUGUCCACUCCAGAGACAGAGAGAAAAAUGUCUCUGCAGAAGUCCAGCUCUGAAGACGGAGGUAAAUGGGACAAUAAGAAGAAGAACAAAUCCUUCUGGCAGAACUUUCGCAAGACGUCGCAGAAGGGAGUUAUUCGGCAGACUUCGAAAGGAGAGGACAUAGGCUACGUGGCCAGUGAGAUCACCAUGAGUGACGAAGAGCGCAUCCAGCUGAUGAUGAUGGUGAAGGAGAAGAUGAUCACUGUUGAAGAGGCCUUAGCUCGGCUGAAGGAGUAUGAGACCCACAGCAGACAGUCCAGCAGUACUGACACUGCAGAGUGGACUGACGGAUCCAGUCCCAAUCUAAACCAGUCCUCUAACUGCAACUCUCGGGAGCAGUCUGAGGAUGAGCAGUCAGAGGACUCUGUGAAGUUCAGACGGCUCCACAAGCUGGUCAACUCUACCCGCCGCGUCAGGAAGAAACUCAUCAAGGUGGAAGAGGGGAAGAGACCCAUCUCCGAAGAUUCUUUGAGACUGGAGGUGUCUUCUACCUGUGAGGACAACGCAGCCCUGUACACAGGGGUCCUGAAGAAGUCCAACCUGCCCCAGGAUGCUUCCCUGUCCUCCCUGACCCAGGACCAGCUCUCUCUGGACGGGGACACAGACAGCCUGACCACCUCCCCUUCCUCCAGCAGCCUGGACACCACCUGGUCCGGACACAAGCUGGUCAAGACCUUUUCUAAGUCCAGCAGCACCCACGGCCUCAUCCGACCCCCCAGGAGAGUCCCUGCUGGGUCUGGGCGUCUGGGGGCCGUCGGGGUGGAAGGUAGUGGAUCCUCCAUCUCGGAGCUGGACGGCUGUGGAGCCGAGGAAGAAGAGAAGGUGUCGUGCUCCAUGACGGAGGGCGAGAUGAGGAAAGCCAUGACCUCUCUCUCCCACGGGGUAAGUAACGACACACUCUAUGGCUUCUACGGCCUCACCCGGCCACGCCCCAGACCACACCCCCAGCCCCGCCUCCUUGUUGCCCUCGACAACGUCUCCCAGAGUAGCCCCAAACCCACCCGUCGCCAUGCCAACUGGCUCAGGAAGCCCGACCCCAAUUACGCCUACUCCACCAAACACCUGCUCUACCAGCGCUCCCGGAACUAUGCCAAACCACCUGGGGCGCCCCCCUCCCCCUCGCCUCCUGCCCGCUGUGACCUGGCCAAGGCUAAGAGUGGUACGCUGGGUGGAGGGGGGUGUGGGGGCUGGGCGUUCCCCCCACGCAGGCUCCGCGGCCGGGCGGCAGUGAGCGAGCUGAACAUCACAUACGUGGUAGAGCGCAGCCUCUACGGCCACCUCAACUGGGCCCAGCUGGUCCGACCCGUCACCCUCAGCCGCGCAGAGCACCGCUGCCUAUUGGAGGAGGACAGGGAGGCGGACAGGAAGUGGGCGGCCAGCGUUGACCGCUGCACCAAGCGUGUGCUCUUACGCAUCCAGCAGAAGUCUAGGACGUGUAGUUUCGGAGGGUUUGACCUGUCCAACAGGUCACUCCAUGUGGUCAGCGCAGGCUCAGAGCCCAAUAGUAAGUAUCCAGAGGCUAUAUACCGGGAGGUAGUCAAGUCUCCCGCGACGUCUCGUAUCUCUCUGGGGAAGAAGGUCAAGUCUGUCAAAGAGACCAUGAGGAAACGCAUGUCCAAGAAGUACAGCAGCCCACUGUCUGAACAGUCGAGCGCAGAUGGUGCUCCCAGCUCCCCCCAGUCCCCCCAGCCAGACACAGAUUCUCUGGAGAAACCCAAACUCAAGGCUGGAGGAUCAGUGGAGAGCCUCCGGAGCUCCCUCAGCGGACAGAGCUCCAUGAGUGGUCAGACGGUCAGCACCACAGACUCGUCAGCCAGUAACCGAGAGAGUGUCAAGUCUGAGGAUGGAGACGACGAGGAGCCUCCCUACAGAGGGCCCUUCUGUGGCAGGGCGCGAGUACACGCUGACUUCACCCCUAGCCCCUACGAUUCAGAUUCCCUCAAACUGAAGAGAGGGGAUGUGAUUGACAUCAUCAGUAAGCCCCCCAUGGGGACGUGGAUGGGUCUGCUCAACAACAAGGUGGGCACCUUUAAGUUCAUCUAUGUGGACGUGCUGAGUGAGGAGGAGGAGAAGCCCAAGAGACCCGUGAGAAGGAAGAGGAAGGGCAGACCUCCCAAACCCACCUCUGUAGAGGAGCUGCUCGAACGCAUCAACCUCAAGGAGCACAUGCCUACCUUCUUGUUUAACGGCUAUGAGGACCUGGACACCUUCAAGCUGUUGGAGGAGGAGGAUCUAGAUGAGCUCAACAUCAGAGACCCUCAACACAGAGCUGUGUUGCUCACCGCCGUGGAGCUACUGCAGGAGUAUGACAGCAGCAGUGAACCGGAGCGUAGCGGCCUGUCAGGCUCUCAGGAGAAGCUGCUGUCAGAGGGCCACGGCCUGGUGGGCGACUCGCCACGUGACUCCGGCUGCUACGAAAGCAAUGAGAACCUGGAGAAUGGCAAGAGCAGAAAGACAUCUCGCUCCAACCGCUCCUCUGUGGGCCUCCAGUCCCCAGACUACCCCACCCUGCCCAUGACCCAGUCCACUGAGGCCCUGCAGCAGAGCAAGAUGGAGCGCACAGUCAACUUCACCAAGCACUUCUUCCUCAAGCCCACCUUGAGGGGCUUGAGCAUGCUGGGACUGAGGAAGGGCCCCCGCCGGACCCCCAUGCCAGCCAGUCUCAGCUGUGAGGACCUGGACGGGCCAAUGGAGGCCACCGGCCCCCAGGCCUGGAAGAGAUCCCACUCCCUGGGGGACCUCCACUGGGAACAGGGCUUCGACCAGACGAAGGACCACAGCCUGGAACCCAAGCCCGCUAAUGGUGGCUCCGAGUUGGGCACCACCAGCCCAGUGAAGGGCCUCCAGGCUCAUGGAGAUAGGGGUUCACCACCGGCUCAGAAUGGGGGGAUUGCUGUGAGCCCUAAAGGGCAUUCUGACCUCCCCCCUGUGCCCUCCCAGCUGCCCCUCAGACCACCCUGUUCCAUUGCCUUGCUUCCCCAGCCCCAGAAAAGCCUGCCCAACCUGAUCUCCAGCCCUCCUGAAACCCAGCUGGGGGAGAGGAGCAUCUGGACUCACCCCAAAAAGCCCCCAGUGCCCCCUCCUGUUCCAAUCAAGAAGUCCAAGGAGCGCUUAGCCAAUGGGAUGUGCCACCCCUCUCUUGUCCUCUCCUCCCCAACUCAUUCCUAUAUCUCCACCACCACCAACUCUCAUCCCCCCAGCCCUGUCAUCAGCAGCCCCAGUUACAGGGCUCCAGCCCUUCCCAGUAAGGCCUCUAGUACCCCUAUCUCCCCCUCUCCAGCCAGCCCUACUCCAGCCUCCCCCACCACCCCCUCUCUAGAACCAGAGGAACCAGGCACACCCCCGGCCGUGCCCCCUCCUUGGCUGUCUGACCUGCCCGAGUCGGCCUGCCCUCAGGCUCAGAUCCAGGGGGGUAGUGGCAAGAUGACGGUGGCCAGGAAGGUGUCCCAUGUUAAGAUGGCCGUCGAUCUCCACACCGUGCUGGAGCAGAGACUGGAGGCCGAGGGCAUUGACCUCACAGAGGAACCCUACUCAGACAAGGUCAGUUACCCCCACAACCUGCUACUAUUGUUAUGUACCUGAUAUUACUGUGUAGAAUACACACACACACCCAUCCACCACAUCUGAAAUCUCACUCUCACAACGCCAGUUUAUCACAGCUGGGGGUUAUACAGCACACCCAUGGAUGUGAACAUGCUUCGUUAUAUGUCCAUUGUAGUAUAUUUUGUUCUCUGGAGUGCAUCAAAUAACUCUGACAAUUUCAAAACAUGUAUUUUGGAUGGUGUCCGUAUCGAUCGUGUCCCUGCUUACAAAUACCUGGGCAUUAGAAUUUUGUCAAUCAGAAGAGAGAGAAAUCUGAGUUAUCUAUUGGGGCAUCUUGAUAGAUGAAAAGCUGUCUUUUAAAAAGCAUAUUGAUGAGUUAGUUAAGAAGCUGUGUGCUUAAGAGAAAUGCGCUUCUUCUAUAGAAAUAGAAGAAGCCUCUCGCUAAAUAGUAGAACGCAGAUUAUUCCGUUGACGUUCCAAUCAGUCCUAGACUACGGCGACAUCAUCUACAUGAACACAGCUGCCACUUCAUUAAAGCCGUUCGAUGCAGUUUCUCAUAGCACACCGCACUAUAUUAUGGGUAACAGUUUUAGUAGUCAUCACUGCAUCCUUCUACCAGAAAGUUGGUUGGCCCUCUUUGAUGUCACGUAGGUUAAUACAUUGCUAUGUUUUCAUGUAUAAAGCCCUUUUACAAAUAGUCCCACUGUACCGAACACGAUUACUAAACUUUAGACUUGUGAGCUACCACACCCAGUCUCAAGGAUGGUUAACUCUGGAAAUUCCCUUUGUCUCUACUAAGUUAGGUAAAUCGGCUAUAAGCUUUCUCGCACCUUAUUUCGUGGAACAAAAAUGUUCUUCGAUUUGAUGUUUUGGUGCUUCUAGGGGAAUUCAUAAAGCUGAUUGAAGACGUAUUUGUUGAUGAAUGUGUUUGUUUUUUAUGACCGUGUUUUUCUUUCUGCUUGCAUCUUGCACCUAUAUUUUGAUGUGUGAAUUUUCUGUCAUUUCUAUAAUUCAGGGCUCAUCUGUAAAAGAGACAUUGUUCACAGUAUGACUCCCUGAUCAUUUUGAUUUAUUUAUUUGACUAGGCAAGUCAUUUCAGAACAAAUUCUUAUUUACAAUGACGGCCUAGGAACAGUAGCUUAACUGCCUUGUUCAGGUGCAGAACGACAGAUUUGUACCUUGUCAGCUCAGGGAUUCGAUCUAGCACCCUAAAUAAAUAAAAUGUGUGUAAUCUUACACCCGUACAAAUGAAAGAAAACACUUGAAUAAACGGUCCAGAUUGGGCCACAAGGGAUGAGGACUUGCCCACUCACUCUGUGUGUGAAAGUACAUUAUGUCUGUAUAGGGAGUCCAGUAAACGAGGUCAAUAAAUACAUUAUUGGAAGUGUUAUGUUGUGUUUUGGUCUCCUGGCUGUCAAGGCCUUUGAUUAGGUUACUGGUCUCAUACAUAACCAGCCUGGAUCCUGUCAAAUGGCUCCCACUUCCUGCAGUGGACCAUACAGGAGAGGGAGGGAGAUAGGCAGAGAGAGAGGGUGAGAGGAAGAGAGAGAGGGUGAGAGGGAGAG